AUGAAGGUGAUGCAAGCAUUGGUUUUAGUCGCGGCCCUGGCCGGUGUCGCCCUGGCAGGCCCAAUCUCAAUGAGCAACAACAACAUCGGGGACAUUGUGAAAGUGGACGUUGAUGCCGUGGUGGACAUUAAGAGUGAAAUCAAUGUGGAGCUAGUGAAUGUGAUCGCGGAACUCCUGCUGGAGCUGCGCGAUGUAAACGUGAACGUUUGCCCCAAAACGUCGGAGGAAACCUCCGAAGAAACUUCUGAGGAAACCUCUGAAGAAACGUCGGAGGAAACUUCCGAGGAAACCUCAGAAGAGUUGAGUGAUGAGGUGAACGAGACUACUAUUACGACCACGGGAACGCUGCCCCCUCCGGAAAGCACAACAUCGAUGCCAGAUGCCCUUCCGUACCAGCAGCUCGUUCGCUCGCUGGCACAAAGUAAACCCGCCGGCUACGAUGCUCCCGGUCUGACCAAAGACCAGAAGGAGGCGCUGUGGCGUAAACACGUGGAGCAGACGCUCCAGCAGCACGUGGCCAGUCGUCAGUAA